UAGAUCCAGGAGAACCCAUGUUUCGUUUUGGAAAGAUAAAGAUAAAGGGUUCCACUUUUUAGGGUUUUCUUUUUGUGUGAUUCAUGUCGCUGAUUGAUUGAAUUCCUCUCUCUUGUACUAUCCUUGCUCUUCAAUUUCACCUGAUCCUCUGUUUUUGUUUUGGAUAAAGUUUUGAGCUUUUUGUGUCGUCUCUUGUGAUCCCUAAGGCUGAAAUUUGGGGGUUUCUGAUUGAGAUUUGGGUGGGAUAUUCAGUGUCUGGUCUUUCUGCUUCGGUGAGAUCAAGAGUUAUGGAGGAUCUUAGGAGUGAUCAAAAUCCCACGAAAUACAGAGGAUCCAUCGCAUAGAUCCAUCAGAUCUGUACACCGAAGGUACGCACUUCUCCUUGAUUCACAACUCUUUGGCUAAGUUAGUGUGAAAAGAACGGUGUUUGGGUCGCUGUGGAGAGCUGACUUGGAUGUGUAUCACUUUAGAAGACGAAGAUGAUGAAGAUUAUUGAAUCGGUUUGCUCCAUUAGUAGCCGUUAAGGUGUGGAAGCAGCAUAGGAGCUCAUGGAAGAGAUUUCACCAGCAGUUGCACUGACUUUGGGUAUAGCCAACACGAUGUGUGACUCUGGAAUCUCAUCGACUUUAGAUAUUACCGAGCUGGAGAAUGUUACUGACGCAGUUGACAUGUUGUGUGAUCAGAAGAACCAAAGAUACAGAAAUGGAGAGGUUGAAUAUAUGAUGGAAGAUAUUUUAGAAGAACCAGAAGAGAAAACUUUAUCUGAAGCGACAAGCUUGUCGUCUGCUAAUGAGUUUGGUGUACCUAUCCAAGAAUCAGAAGAAGAUGAGGUAUUAGUAUCUGAUGCGACUAUUAUAAGCGAGGGUUUAAUAGUUGUGGACGCUAGGUCUGAGAUAAGUUUGCCAGAUACAAUUGGAAUAGAUAAUGAGCGAGUUCUUGCUACGGCGAUUAUCCUAAACGAGACAACUAUAGAUCAGGUUCCCACAGCUGAAGUCCUUAUCACGAGUCUGAAUCACGAUGUGAGUAUGGAGGCGACAGCUUCAGAGGUAGUCAUUAGGUUGCCUGCAGAAAAUCAUAAUGUAGCAAGAGGGAGCAGGAGUGUCUAUGAGCUGGAUUGUAUACCUCUUUGGGGCACUGUUUCAAUUUGCGGUGAAAGAUCCGAAAUGGAGGAUGCUGUUACAGCUUUACCUCAUUUUCUGAAAAUACCCAUUAAAAUGCUUAUGGGGGAUCAUGAAGGGAUGAGUCCAAGUCUCACACACCUCACUAGUCACUUCUUCGGUGUAUACGAUGGCCACGGAGGCGCUCAGGUUGCUGACUAUUGUCAUGAUAGAAUCCAUUUUGCUUUGGCUGAAGAAAUCGAACGGAUUAAAGAAGAGUUGUGCGAGAGGAACACUGGCGAGGGUAGGCAGGUCCAGUGGGAGAAAGUCUUUGUGGAUUGUUACCUGAAGGUCAAUGAUGAAGUUAAAGGGAAAAUCAGCAGACCUGUUGUUGGUUCUUCUGAUAUGAUGGUUCUUGAGGCUGUUUCCCCUGAAACCGUAGGAUCAACUGCUGUGGUUGCUUUGGUUUGCUCAUCACAUAUAAUAGUCUCAAACUGUGGUGAUUCAAGAGCGGUUUUACUCCGUGGCAAAGCAUCAAUGCCUUUAUCAGUUGAUCACAAACCAGAUAGAGAGGAUGAGUAUGCAAGAAUAGAGAGAGCUGGAGGAAAAGUUAUACAAUGGCAAGGCGCUCGUGUUUCUGGCGUUCUCGCCAUGUCCAGGUCCAUCGGUGACGAAUACUUGGAGCCAUAUGUGAUACCAGAUCCCGAAGUGACAUUUAUGCCACGAGCGAGAGAAGACGAGUGUCUUAUAUUGGCCAGCGAUGGACUUUGGGAUGUGAUAAGUAACCAAGAUGCUUGCGAGCUUGCAAGGAAACGGAUCUUAUGGUGGCACAAGAGGAAUGGAGCAUUGCCUUUAGCUGAGAGAGGUGUAGGGGAAGACCAAGCUUGCCAAGCCGCGGCUGACUUUCUGUCCAAACUCGCUCUUCAAAAGGGAAGCAAAGACAACAUAUCCAUCAUAGUGGUCGACUUGAAAGCUCAAAGAAAGCCCAGGAUCAGAUCUUGAAACAGUGUACACUCGAGCCCUUAAACUUAUUAUGUUAUUAUUUUUUAAUUUCCGCAUAUUUGCAUAAAAAAAUAAGAAGUGAAAUGUUGGGGGAAGAAGAAUGAAGACCUUGAUGAUGCAUAGCUAAAGUCCAUUCCUUUUUCUCAUGGACUUGAUGAUUGUGUGUAUGUUAUGUAUAAGAAUAGAAGGUGAAAUGCUUUAUUUUUCUCCUGAUAAAUUUUUUUUUGGAUUCUUUAUAAAAAGUAGAUGGAUAUGUUGUUGUAA